UCUUCCGUUGUCGAUGCCAGCAGAAAACACACCAAGGGAAGCAACGCUUCAGCUGCAGAUUACCUCUCUUGAUUCCGAUCACCAAAGAGGUGCACUUCCUCAGUUCAUAAAAACGAGGGGAAAGAACUCAAAUUUCUUGACAACAGCCGUCCACAAGGAGCCAUUGGACGAGGACACGCAGCCGCUUGACAAUGAAAGAAAGAUAACUGGUCAGUACAGCGAUGCAGACGAGCAAAACGUCUGCAGCCCGGAGACAGGUCGCAGCGACCAAGGUGUGGCCACCACCAACAACCUCCUCAACAUCAACGCCAUCAACAGCUCGGCACCAAAGGCCAAGAGGCGGCACCAGGAGCGUUGGAGGAAGGCCGGCACCAUGAUGGCCGUCUGCACCCUCCUGCACAUCGUCUGUGGCUGCCCUUCUGGCUGGACCUCUUCAACCUCACCAGCAGUGUCAUCUUGCGAUUCACCUUCCUCUUCUCCCACGCCACGAACCCCAUCGUGUACGGCGUCGUCAACGACAAAAUGAGACAAGGGCUGAAGAAAGUUUUGUCCUGCAAAUAAAGAUGCUUCAUAGAGGGCUGAGGGGACCUGUGUGCAGGACUGGGUGUGUCCUCUGGUACUUCAUAAUUUUUUUUUUUAUAAAAGGUUCAGAAAAUUUUGGAGAUUAUAUUUUCAUCCCAGAGGAGGUAAGGGAGAUAACAUGAAACAUUUCUUGUUCUUCUUGUUGAGAUAACUGUGAAGUCCAGAAUUUCCAGAAUUUCGGUAACUUAAACGGUUGGUGACGUCCAUCUUUGAUUUAAUUAUGACAAUAUCCCAGGAUGGACUUGCAACGCUAUACUACUCGAUGUGAAGUGUAUCAAGAUGUAUUGAAGGUGCUUCAUCUAUAAAUGUCGCUAACUUUAAGACUGUUAUAGAAGAAUAAACAUCUUUAUUUCAGAAAGUAUUCACAAAUAUGACACCACUCCAAUCUAAACCCCACCAAAAUCAAUCAAUCAAUCAAUCAAUCAAUCAUAUCCGUUCUUGCAAUGAGGCUGUAGCUGUAGCAGAUUCCGCUAUUUCGAGUUCGGUCUGGUUACAAAAAAUAAAUAAAUAAAUAAAAUAAAUAAA